UGAAAUUGCAAAAAAAAGGAGGGAGAAGGCCUUCAAACGAAAGAAUGGACGCAGUAGAGGAGAAAUAGUCUUCUUGCUAACUUCAGAAAAGCCUAAUCACAGACUAAUAAAAAUUUGAAACGGCACAGCACAGCAACAAAUCAGUAUUCUCCGGCAGAGCCUGCAAGAAAUGGCCAAGAGGGUUAACCCUUUAAAUGGCUGAACUGAUUCUUUGAACAGCCACAUUCUGCAAACAAAAGACCUGAGCUGAUGAAUUUUAAUGGGUCAUUUCAGAAUCCUUUUUGAUAUAUGGAGAUCCUGAGAUUCAAAUGGCUUUGACACUUUGACAGCCCCACGUUUUUGUAGCAGAUAAUGAAAACAUUUGCCUACUUCAAUUUACCUCACAGGAUUCCUUCCUAGUGUAUUAAAUGUGCAGACAAACCGAGGAACUAGUCUGAGAUCCUCAGCUCGGAUGAUUAGGUUGGAAAGACUCUUUCUGGUCCAAAAAGGUUCAGAAAAGCUUCUCAGGACUGACCGGCAUUCCCCCCCACUGGUGUAUUUGAUUCGUUAACAACGUUUAGCCACCAAAUUAAACAUGGCUGCUGGAGUGGCAACAUGGCUACCGUUUGCCAGGGCAGCGGCCGUUGGCUGGCUUCCUCUGGCCAAGAAAAUCAUGCCCAAACCGCCUGUAGACAAAAAAAGCCGCAACGACGAGAUCCUGUUCGUAAACGUGAGCGGGCUCCGCUUCCAGACAUGGAAAAACACGCUGGACCGCUAUCCUGACACUCUGCUGGGCAGCUCGGAAAAGGAGUUUUUCUACAACGAGGACACUCAGGAGUAUUUCUUCGACAGGGACCCGGAGAUGUUUCGGCACAUUUUGAACUUCUACCGCACUGGCAAGCUUCACUACCCGAGGCAGGAGUGCAUUCAGGCCUUCGACGAGGAGCUGGCGUUUUACGGCAUCGUGCCGGACAUUAUCGGCGACUGCUGCAUGGAAGAGUACAGGGAUCGCAAGAAAGAGAACCAGGAACGUUUGGCCGAGGACACGGAGGCCGAGAUGGCGACGGACACCCCUUUGCCACCACACAGCACACAUCGGGAACGUUUGUGGCGAGCCUUUGAAAACCCCCACACGAGCACCAUGGCUCUCGUUUUCUACUAUGUCACAGGUUUCUUCAUUGCCGUCUCGGUUAUAGCAAACGUGGUGGAAACUGUCCCCUGCCGACCCCUCAAAGGCAGCAAGAAAGACUUGCCAUGCGGCGAGAAGUACUCGCUGGCGUUUUUCUGCAUGGACACGGCCUGCGUCCUCAUCUUCACAUUCGAAUACCUCAUGAGGCUUUUCGCCGCGCCCAGCCGCUGCAAGUUCAUGCGCUCGGUCAUGAGUGUAAUAGACGUCGUUGCCAUCAUGCCCUACUACAUCGGCCUGGUCAUGCCUGAGAACGAGGACGUGAGCGGCGCGUUCGUCACGCUGAGGGUGUUCCGCGUCUUCCGGAUCUUCAAGUUCUCGCGUCACUCUCAGGGCCUGCGAAUUCUGGGUUAUACUCUGAAGAGCUGUGCUUCCGAGUUGGGUUUCCUCCUGUUUUCCCUCACCAUGGCCAUCAUCAUAUUUGCCACCGUCAUGUUCUACGCCGAGAAAGGCACCAAGGGAACCAACUUCACCAGCAUCCCAGCCUCCUUCUGGUACACCAUAGUCACCAUGACAACACUUGGGUAUGGAGACAUGGUUCCAAACACCAUCGCCGGAAAGAUCUUCGGCUCUAUCUGCUCUCUCAGUGGCGUGCUGGUUAUCGCCCUUCCUGUACCUGUCAUCGUGUCCAACUUCAGCCGAAUCUACCAUCAGAACCAGAGAGCUGACAAGAUGCGAGCCCAGCAGAAAGUCCGUCUUGCAAGGAUUCGCUUGGCCAAGAAGGGAACCACCAACGCCUUCCUACAAUACAAAGAAGAAGGAGGAUUUCAUAUACACAAUCACCUGCUGCAUUGUCUGGAAAAGACAACAAAUCAUGAGUUCACAGACGAGCUGACGUUCAGUGAGAUGUGUAUGACCGAGUCAGUGGGCUAUCGUACCAGUCGCAGCACCUCCAUCUCCAGCCAGCAGGGGGAGUUGACGUCCUGCUGCCCACGCAGGGCCAAGAGAAGAGCCAUCCGCCUCGCCAACUCCACCGCAUCCGUCAGCCGGGACAGCGUACAGGAGCUGGACACUCUGCAAGUGCACAAAACCUCUGCUGGACCCCAAAGCCGCUCCAGUCUCAACGCCCGGACUGAAGAUUUGAAGCUAAACUGUGAGGAUAGGGAUUUCACAGCGGCUAUAAUCAGUAUACCCACCCCACCCGCCAACACCCCUGACGACAGUCUGCCACCCUCUCCUGCCAUUCCUGGAAUCUUACGCAACUCUCGCACUAGCUCCUACAUCCAUGAGACAGUGAAGAUCUCUUCCUUGUAACCGCCACAAGCACACAAGCAUCCCCCUAUUGCACAACGGAAAGAAAGUGCUGGGGGCUUCUCCCAGGAAAGAUCGCAAAUGCCACAGAAAAGACAAAGUGCAUCUCGUAACGAAUCUGCUUCAUUCCAAAAUCGACAAUUUGAUGUGGACUCGCAUGAGCUGACAUGUUUUUGGUGACCCCGGACAAUUCACUCAGACUGAUCGUCCGCGCUUGGGGGAGAUUGAAAAGAUGAACUCAGUCGCAUUUUACGAUAAGUCAGCAGUUAUAAUGGCACAGAAGGCCUUUUACUUUUAAAGAUAUGCAAUGUUUCAACAAGCAGGAAUUAUGCCUAUACGUCCACUGCGUAAUACAGUUGCAGGAGAGAUUACAAAUGUGGAAAUGAUCAUAAAGUACAUCGAUAUAUUGAACCCGUAGAUCUUUGCAGGGACAAAUACAAUUACACAAACGAUGGCCGAGAUAAAGGAGGUGGUGUAUAUCUAUCAAUAUUUUGUAUCAUACGCCUUUAGAUCACAUGCAUCUUUAAAACCCCACAAAAAAAGACCCAAACAUGCAUGUUGUUGUAUAGUAGAUGCCAUGGCAGAGAAUGGAGCCGCCAACAUGCUACUCUCACAUACUUUUGCAUGGUACUUCUUUUACCUCCGUUUCGUUUGUCCUGUUUUCUUUCUUGACACUGAUGAAAAAAAGAUUAUAUUUACAGAGUAUUAAUGAUCAAACGUGCUGCACCAGAUGUGCACAUUAGAAAAAAAGAACGAUAAACGUUUAAAAAAACAACAACAUUCAGGCAUGUUCUUUGCAAAAAUCAGAGGUCGGACUAGUGCGGCGAUGUGUGUGUGUGUGAUGGGUGACUGGGAAGGACUUGUGUUAUUUGAUCACAGAUAUGCAUGGAUACCGUUGUAGGUAUUUUUAUGUGUUUUCUCCCAUGGGAAAAUUAAAGGUUUCUAUAGCAUUUUAAAGCAAAAGGAGGGUGUUUACCACUGUCAUAGAGUUUUACUGCAGUAAUUAGAGUCACUUCAACUUAUUUUUCAUUUUGCAUACCGUUCCAUAG